UAGCGGCCCCAAUUGUCUUCCCUCUUUCUCUACUCUCUCUCUCUCUCUCUCAAAUUCUCUCAUUUCUGCUUUGGUCUCUCUAUUUCCAUGGAAUGCGACCUCUUCUGAGUUUCAGGUUUGAUUAAUUAAUAGGGCAUAGUUGAGAGAAUCUUUAAUCUAUGGAAUAAAUUGGAGCAAUUGGAAACAAAUUUGAGAAGGGGAAAGAGGGUUUAUUAUGGGUAAAGUGUCUCCGAAGGAUGGAAAUUUGAAGACCCCAAAGCAAAAAAGGCGGUUACGGAGCUCAAGCAGUAGGUAUUUGAAGCCAGGUGCGCUUGCUCAGCUUCAGUAUAGCAAGGCGUCAGCAGCGAAGUCAUGUACCGAUCUUGGAAAAAAGAGGGUUGCUGUGUUUGGGAAUAAGAAGGUGGGGGAUGAUAAUGAGCUGGUGGUUGAAGAAAGGGCUAUGGAUAAAAGCCCUUUGUUAUUAUCACCUGUGGGUUUGUGUAAACAGCAUCAUCCAACUAUUGAUAAAAGCCCCUUGAUGCUAUCACCCGUGGAUUUGCUGAAACAAAAUCAUUUAGCGAGGACACCAAAGACCCCUCGGAUUGAAGAUUGUGAUACCGAGUCUAGACUUGAGUCUCUUCCCAUGGAGUUGCUGGUUAAAAUACUCUGUCACCUGCACCAUGACCAACUGAGGGCUGUUUUCCAUGUUUCUCAGAGAGUUAGAAAAGCUGUUUUGCUUGCAAGGCAAUUUCAUUUCAAUUACACAACACCAGAUCGCUCUCGACAGGAGAUGUUACUGACAAUGACCCCACGGCCUACUGAACACUGGCCUUUUAUGAGCAAGGGGAGUGGUAAGGGCAUUUUCAUGUCAACUCCACACACCCCAAAAGCUCCAAGGCAUGGUCCCCGGCCACCUUCUCGCAUCAAAAUAACUGAGAUGAAGAGUAUUGCUGCGGUUCUUUUCCAAGAUUCUACAUUGUCUUCGAGAUGCAUGGUGCCGUCCACCCUGCCAAAGCCCCUUUGCAAAUCUGUGGCUUCCAACAGGGUUCUAUUCUAUGAGGAGGAGUUAUGCCAGGCUGUUGCUCAGAAUAAACUUCGUUGAUCUCAUUGUCGUUUCUUUCCCAUUGCCUUGUGUUCCAUUUGUAUAGUUUGUUUCCAUCCUAUAGCUAGGUAGUUAUAGUUUGAAAGAGGGGUAUGCAAUUUUGUAGGUUUCUGGGGCAAAUUAGGUGACAGGUAAUAUGGGACUUCAGAUUUGCACUAGUCCACAGAUUUAGGUUGUGGUUGUUGGAAUAAUAUAUUUGAAACUGGAUACUUGUAUAUAUUCCUAUAUAUGUUUGCAAUGAUAUUUGGAUUUCUUCUA